CCUAAAAGCUCGAUAAGACAGGACAGACGAAACGCUUGGUAACGUGGAAUCCUGGAUACACCCGAUAAAUAGAACAAUCCUCGAAACCAGACUUCGUGAAUAUUUAUGAGACCGCUUUACCACUUGACCGCCUUUCCUCUUAACCUUAAAUACACUUAACCCCAUCGAUAAACUUAAAAGUUAGACACACAUAUCAAUGCAUUUUUCAAAUAAGACCUAUGUUCUAACAAGAAUGGACAAACUGAAGUCUUUAAGGCCGAUUUUUAAGGAAAGUGUAGGAGGCGAACUAUUUUAUGAGGAGACCAAAGAAAUUAGUGUUAAAGGGAGUUGAAAUUUUCGGAAAGGGUUUAAACUUCUCCAAUUCAUGAAAGGGAGCUUCCUAGCUUGAAAUUAUAAGGCCUUUUCGCAAUAAGAGGGAGGAGCGACUUGUUUGUUUCGUUCUAUCUUUAGACAUCAUUAUAAUAUGCAAAUAAUUAACGCUUUCUCCGCCUUCUUCAUCGACGUCAACUUGAAACCAUGUGGGGGCUAUUCUCUUAAAUUUGCCAGUCAGAUAUUGCAAGUGAAGAUAAAACGAAUGUUUUUACAUGUUUCUUUCACAAUAAAGCCUUAAAACUACAAAGAGUAAAAUGUCAAUUAUUAGCACCAGUAACCGGUGGCUGCGAAAGCGUUUUGAAAGUAGUACGAGCGUGACCUCCGUUUUACGCGUAACAAAAGAUCGAACCAAACCCCAGACAGAACAGAGCGUGAUGUCCUGAUGACAUGGAUAAUGGCUUAGACGUCCUCCCGAGCGAGUUGGAUGAACUCAUUCCUGCAGCUACUGAUGACGACGAUAUAGGACAAUUAAUCGAUGCUGUGGAAUCUUUAUCAAACGAUCCUGCAUUCGUGAGCUCUUUCUCAUCAUCGAUCGAUUUCGACAACUUUCCGAACUUAGAACCUGUUCCGGUUACACCAGAAGAACCACCCCGGCAACUAAAUCCCACUCCAGCUCCUAUAAAAAAACCAUCGGCCACAGCCACCAUUCAAAUUAACUCCAAUGUUAUAUCAAAUGCUUCGGCUAUCCAAUUGGGUGCUACCCCGAAUCAAGUCGUUUUACCGAAAGUUGGACAGAGUACACCAAACAACGUUAUUCAGGGACAACAGAUUAUUAUCAAUGGAGCUAAUCUCCCUAACAUUCCUCUGCAACAAAUCAACAUAGCAUCGUUACUGCCUAACAAAACACUGAGUGUAAGACCGCAACAGACUGUUCAGCCAGGUUCAGGAGGGAAUAUAAUAGUGCGAGCGAUACAGCCUAACAUCAUAUUACAGCCGCAACAACUUACACAGGUUUUACUAACUCCUAACUCAACGUCAUCUCAAAGUCCGCAGCAAAUAAUAUUAGCCCAACAACCUGUCUCAAACUGCCCCACGAAUACUCAGCCGAUAGUUGUCGAACCACAAAACACUAACAUAAAUUUAAUUAACGUUGGAAAUCUUAAUUUUCAAGGAUAUAACUUACAAUCGGUCAAUCCAGUACAGCCUAAUUUGGCUCCUCCCAGGCAACCUUUGCAGAUUGUAGCUAAUAAUGGUGUACCUGUACCUAUUCGAUCUCAAUUGCAGGAUCAUCUAGGACUUAAACAAAAAUUAAUCGUUGUAACUUCAGCUCCACCAACUUCAUCAGUAACUGUUCGCUGCUUAUCCUCUGCUACAUUAGCAUCAUCAAGAAAUUUCAUUCCGCAGACAAGCCAAACCAUCAAUACGAUCUCGUCAACAUCGACAGAUCCGAAUAUUGUUAAAGUUGUUCCUAGUAACAAUUUGAGGACAGACCAGCAACAGAUAAUUCCGAAUUCAUUUCAAAAUACCGGUAAUAAUCAACCGUCCGAGUCGCCCUCAUCCCAACCGCAAGCAGCCACACUUUCUGGUUCAUCAACUUUUAGCAAACCUCAGUUGGAAAGAAUUGUUAAUCAUUUAAAAAAUGAAAUAAACUCUCUUUCUUCUAAGCAACCGUUAGGGCCUCAGGAUGAAAAUAAGUUAGCAGCCCUACGAGAUGCUCAUGAAGCAAUUAGGAAUAAAAUAAAUGAUCCGAGACCUGCACAACCUUCGAGGCCAAUUGCCCAAGUUCCUCCGAAUGUUACCAUCUCUCAGGCGUCACCUUUCCCUCAGAAAUCACCCAUUUUGCAAAAAAAUAUACGAAUUCAACAAUCAACAAGACCUGUUAAUAUCGUACCGGCUAAUAACGUUUGUACAAGUCAACCUGUAAAGACUGAACCACUAACCAUAACUAUUCAAAAGGGGACUGCUACCCAGGGUAUUGAGGCAAAUCAUAUUAAACUCGUGAAUAACAAACUUAUUUUACCUCCGUCAUUAGAGGAGCGAAUUAAACGAUUACCUGAGGAUAAACAAAUGAAAGUUUAUAGACAUUUUAUCAAUGAAGCUCAGGGUCAUAUCAAUAAUGCAACAAACUUUCAAAAUGCGAACGUUACACUACCAGCUGAUUUAGGAGCAACACCCGUAAUGAAACUACCAAUUGUAACAGCAUCGGCAACAAUGCCUAAGACUUUCGCAACGCCUACUCAGCCUGUCAAAAAAACUACUGUUCAGGCAACGACGCCCGUUCAAAUGGCCCAUAAUCAAUUACUCAACGAUCAUAAAUUUGCAUUAAAUCCUGAAAUAAAAGAACCAUUUAAAGAUAUAAAGGACGUUUGCCGCCGUUUAGUUCGUUACCAUGUAUUUCAGCAUCGAAUGCCUCAAAAAGAAGUUUUAGCCUACGACGACGAAUGCUUCGAAGGCCUAAGUCAAAAACUAUUGGCGAAAAAGGAACAACUUCAAGCAAAAUUUCAUAUGCUGAUGCUGGAGGAAAGCAUGCGGCGUGUACCAAGUGCUGAAAUGGUUCUAAUAGGUAGAAUGUUUAUAAAUAACGAAAAAACCCAACUGGAGGAAGAUAAACUGAGAGUAAAUAGAAGUUCACCAACGUUUUUCCCAACGCCACGAUUGGCAGAUGAUAACGAUGAAUUAUCAUAUAAUGAAUUGAGAAAUUUUUUUGUGCCAAUUAAAGAGGAAUUAGACACUGAAGAGUAUGUGGAAACUCCUAUGGAAGAAGUGGAAAACUUUGUUGCUCCCGAUGAAGACAUUUUACCUCCUUUUCCGGAAGAGGAUUUAAUGCUUCAACUUGAAGACCGUAAUAUAGAACCGCCUGAGCCUAAACGGCCCAAGGUGGAAGAAAGUGCGUCUAUGCCACUUGAAAGUAUAGUUGACGAUAGCGUUCAGUCAACGAAUGGAUCGUUAGAACUGGACGCUGCCGUACAAAGUAUAUUGAACUGAAAAGAUUGGCUUCUUAAGGCUGUGAUGAUUGAACUUUUUUGUAUAUGUAUUUUUUAUAUUACCUUAAAGAAGAGCUUAUUAUUUUCCCUGUACAUAUAUUUUAAAAGUUGCGUCACGGGUAAAAGAUUCAAGAUAUUAAAUUGAUAAAAUCUGUGCUUGCUGGAGGCCUCCUCAAUUUAAUUAACGACGAACGGAGAUUCCCUCAACUGAAGAUAAACAUUUUAGUUGGGUAUUUUUUUCAAAAGCUUCUUUAUUCUAUUUUUUAAACAGUCUCCUAUAGAGGAGAGAAGUCGAAACGUAGAAAACAAAAAAAAAACAAUCGAAUGUGCCAUCAUCACCAUAUUUAAAAGAUAUAAAGCGCCAUCUAUGGGUGGUUUAUUAAGCACGAACGUUACGACUUACAUAUGUAAAACAUAUAAAAAACAACAAUAAAACAUAUAUGAAUAUACACUGUAUAUAUAUAUAUAUAUGGUGAUAUAUCUUUUACGUGACUAAAAUAUAUAUUUCGAUGAGUUUUGAUCUCACGACAGCAUUGCAAUUAGAAUUUAAUAAAGAAUUUUUCAAUUGUCAAUCUCGUUUUAUUUUCGUCUUCUUUUCGAAAACAGCUAUAACUAAAAUUUCAAAUCAUUAGAAUUUAUUUGAAAAUAAUUUCAAUGUAUUCAAAAACGCUUAAGAAAUAAAUAAAUAGGUAAAGAUGGAAUAUUUCUUUAAAAGAUAGAUAUUAAUCAAUAGUAGGGGGAUGAUAAGUGAAAUUUAAAAAAACGGAAUAUGCGUAAUAUGCUAAAUACGAUGGAUAAGUUUAACAGGAAAGCGAGAAAGAUUAAAUAUAGACUUCGAGCUAAUAGACCUACAAAAGAUAAAUCAACUCAGAUAGAUUUUUUUACCAAUCCUUUGGGCUGGAAUGAAACUGUUGUUGAAUUAAACAAGGCCAUUGAAAAAUCUACAAAUGGCUUUAGGCUUUUCACUCUUCAACACCAUAAGAAUGAAAUAGGACUUACGUUGAAAGAGAAAUACUGCAAUCAAAAAUACAUUAACACAAAUAAUUCGAGAAUUGAAGCUAUUAUUAGACGUUCGUGUUAUGAUUUGCUAAUAAUUAAGAAUAGUAGCAGUUUAUCGUCAAUAUGGUCAGAUAUGUCAAACGAUUCUAAAGUUAAUAUUAAAAGUGUAAGGAGCUCCACAAAUCCUUCUUUCUCUUUCUCCUAACAAGACGCUUUUUGUUAAUCUAAUAGUCAAAUUGUAAUAGUAUACUACUAACUUCAUACUGUUCUGUCACUGUACAACAACUAUAAAAUUUCGGUUCAGCUAUUACUAUUAUUUGGUUAUUCAAUGGUUAGUGAAUUUUUUUCCGCAACAGAGAAAUAAAUAGAAAAAUUACCCGUAGUGAAGAAAUAGGCCUAUUUAACAAUAAUACAUUUUAAAAGCUUAGGCAGAGUGGGAGAGAAGGGAGGGGGAGAAAUGGAAGAAAAGAAGAAUACUUUCUUGAAAGGCAAAUUUCUUAGAUACGCCCAUAAAAUUAUUACUAAUCUAUCAAGCACAUCUUUGUGAAUAAAAAGUUAC